AUGGCCUUAGUUGGAAACAUUUUGGUGAUCUAUAUUCUGUACAAGAGGCCAGAAACAAGAAUAUUAACAAGCUUCAUGUGCGUCAACCUCGCUGUGGCCGACUUGCUCGUAACAGCUGUUGUCAUGCCUCAUUCGAUGGAACAAAUCAUUUUUGACAAUCUGUGGAUCGAUGUUGUUUUCUUCGUGGCGGUCACAGCUUCCGUCUUCUCUCUAACAGCCGUGGCUUUUGACUUCUUCUUCGGGAUUGUCCUUCCAAUGCAAAAGUUCCCUCGCCUUGGGAACAAAAAGAUCUUGGUUCCCAAAAUUUGGAUCCCGUCAAUGUGUCUGAUGACUCCAUGGCUGAUCACAAUCAAAGUUAAGAACUCCAGGAUAGAAUUUAAGUUUACUCAGUUUGGCGAGACUCAAGCAGCUUUGAGAGGUAUCUUAUUUACAUCGUAG